UUUAGUGAAAGAGCAAGAGAUACGUUACGUGAAAGCUUAAAUCUUGUGCGAAAGUUGAACAAGAAGCGAAGCAAUCGGAACCCCAAAACGCGGCGUUUUGAACGGUCACGACACUAACAUGGCUGAAACAUCAUCUUCCUCGGAGGAUCAGAAUCCAAAUCAUAUUCCCAUCGAAAUUAUCAGCGACGACGAAAUGGCUUUCAUUGAAGCUGCUUUGGCCUUCGCUUCCACUCGUACUUGCUCCGCAAUUCGUUCUUCUUCUUGUUCUUCGUCCCCUUCAAAAUCACCCCUUCACAAUAAUGCUUUAUCCAUUACCGUCGUGUCCAAAAGAAGCUUAUCGAGUGGCAGUGAUAUUGAGGACUUACCCCCUCGCAAGAGAAAUCACACUCUUCCUGAUUCCUUUCUUCGCCGCUUCAGGAACAGACGGGGUUUGUCCGUAACGGAUAUUACUUCUACGGAAUGGUGUCCGAAACAAAUGGAGUUUUCUCUGCUUCUUGGAGGGAGAAAGGUUAAUCAAGCAAUGAGAGCAGGCAUCGCUCGCCAUGCGAAGCUUGAACAAGAGGUUUUGAAACGGGUGGAAGUGAAGAUCAAAUAUCAAGAAGAUUUGUGGGCCCUGAAGUUUCUUAAUUUUAUAAAUGGUGUUAAUCAACUAUUAUUUGAAGGAAUGACUCGUGAACUGCCAGUAAUAGGCUUUGCAGAAGAUAUAUGGAUGGUGGGAGUCAUUGAUGAGAUUCGGAUGCCAUUAAAACAAAAUGAUCAUAAUCCAAUACUAAUUGACACAAAGACUCGCGCCCGAGAUACGCUUCCUGCUGAACCGCAACGAAGAAAUGGAAGGCUUCAAUUGAUGUGCUACAAGUAUUUGUGGGACAAUUUGGUUGCUGAUAAUUUUCCAUCUAAUAUUUUUUUCACUUAUUUUGGCUUAAACCCUCAACAUAAUCUAUGUGAAGAUCUAAAAGUGACAAGUGCUGACUCUGGAUUUUCUGCUUCGACUUUGGAUGAUGUGGUAAGAUAUUACAGAAAUACAUGUAGGAUGCUGGCCCCUGCUCAUGAUCAGCUCUUGUUGAGAUAUGAGUAUCAGAAAGAUCAUUCAUUGCUUGGUGAAGAUAAAUUCACAUAUGAUCAUGACUGGCUAACGAAUCAAAUUCGCUCGUGUCUUGAGUUUUGGCUUGGAGAACAAGAAGCAACUUACCCUCCUGAAGAUGAACGCUGGAAAUGUGGUUACUGUCAAUUUGCUCCUGUCUGUCCUGCAUACAAUGGUAGUAAAGAAACGAUGGGACCUAAAAGCAAUGAUUUAAACAUCAAAGAAGGCUAGAUAUCAUAAUGCAGACUCUCUAAUGUUAUUGUUACC